AUGAACUUCAUAAUCGGCAAGAACGAGGAUGAUGAGUUCAAGAAGCUGACACCGCACUGGAUCCGCAUGACGAGGUUCCUAGAGCUGGAAGAUGGCCUCAGAUCUCGCCACGGGAAAUACCCUUGGCUCUGGUGCCUCCUGACAGUCCACCAGGAAUUCGACUCGCGCCUAGCAAAGGCCGCUUCCCUAAAGCCUCUCACCGACCAGUUUGAACUAUACCCGCUCAAAACCAUCCAGAGAGUGGCAUUGUUCCGCCAGGACGUCAAGACGCAGGAUUUGACGCACGCAUUUCUUGCGUUUUUAGCUUCGAGGCAGGAAAGCUACCGCCUAUGUUGGUAUUUUAUACAAAGAAGCCUCCAAGCCCAAUUUAAGAGUUUGGAGGAGCCCACGGAAAUUCACUCUUCGGGGGGUUGGAAUGACUAUGAAGCCGGAUACAGUUUCAAAGGCGAGAAUUUCGACGACUCGCCUGCCCUUACAAGCCAAGACAAAGCUCUGGCCGAACAAGUCCGGAACUUCGCCAUCAAAUUCCAGGAGGACUAUGCCAACAUCCGGAAUCGCAAGAUAACGGCGUCUGAGCCGAUUGCAGACAAGCUGCAGGAUAUAUUCCACCAGGCAAAGAAAUCCUGGCCAAAAGAGAUCGACGAUAUCUGGAAGUUUCUCGGUGAUAUUAUGGAACUCGAGCCUUCUGACACCAAGUACCAUCAACGGAAGUACGAGAAUGCGUUCGCUCUCACAGCGCUUUUGGAAGCCAACUUUUGCAUGUUUGCGAGGAUGGAUACUGGAACCCAAGCGAUCACCACUUGGCCGGAGGCCUUCCAGAGGCUGAAACUGAGUGCUGAGGAGAGAUCGAGCAAGUGGGGGGCCAUCUAUCAGGAGAUAGAAACUCUCAGAGGCACAAUCGAGGAGCAACGUCAGAUUAUCACGUGUCUUGAAUACCGCCAUAUCCUGGAGCAUCUGCCUCCCGAUCGGGUCCCCGGCAAGGGCGGCCCGAAAUGGAUGAAUCUGUGGGAGGAGGUCGUGAACCAGGAACUGGAUCUACAGCUCCUGGGCAACUUCGGACCACGGGCUCUCACGCCGCUGUUUGAAAAGAAAGUCAAGGAUCUCACCAGAGCGAGGUUACAAGCCAUCACGAAUGAGAUCAACCGCCAAAUCACAGUGGCACAGGCAAAUGGGCGGCUGCCAGCUAAGCCUAUGAAUAUUGCCCAAGAAAUAAACGCGGCUCCCAACAAUAUAUACGGUGGUGUCAAAGUCCCAUACAAGGAGUGGCCGGGGUAUCGGAGAGGUGAGGACAUGUAUAGUGACCUAAGUGAAAUGAUUCACGGGUAUGGGAAGAAGUACGAGUUCCAGGCGACGAAUUGGCCAAAGCUGGAACGACACAUCCUCGAGUGGCUGAAACCCAGCAGCGCCGCGGCUCGCGACGGGGAAGAGAUUAUCUGGGAGGAUGAGAGGCUGGAGAAGAAGAUCCGGUAA